AUGAUUAGUUCCGAUAAAUUACCAUCAAAUAUUGUAGGGAGCUGGCCAAACACGUAUACAUUUACGAAAUCAAUCGUUGAGAAUUCGAUAGCCACAAAUUAUGGGCACUUGCCAAUCUCAAUAUUUCGUCCAUCGAUAAUUGGAUGCUCAGCAUCCGAACCGGAACCUGGAUGGACGGAUAAUAAGAAUGGAGCGACUGGUAUGCUAACUUCACUGAUUACCGGAAUCUUAAGAAUUCUCAAAAUCGACACAAGCAAAAUAACCGAUAUAAUCCCAGUCGAUUACACCGCCAACGCGUUGAUCAGUGUUAUGUGGGAUACAGUUAAACGAUAUCAAGAUCCGAAUGCGUUUAACCAGGAACCAAAAAUAUAUAACUACGUUUCUAGUCCUGAUAGUUCAUUGACCUGUAACAUGUUACUGAAUGGUUUCGCUGAAGCAUACGAACGGCACCCUCCGUUGAUUUCAAUGUGGUAUAACAUGUGUAUUUACUCCAAUAACUUUUGGAUGAAUAUGAUUUUAAGAUUUUUGUUGCAUCGGAUACCAGCAGCGUUAAUUGAUAUUUAUCUAAUGAUUUGUGGCAAAAAACCAAGAUGGCUGUCAUUUUAUAAAAAAUUGGAAUAUUUGGUUGACAUCCUUAAUGUGUUUUUGACGAGAGAAUGGAAAUUUGACAACAGUAAUACAAGAAAACUGUGGUCAUCAUUAAGUACAGAUGACCGCAAAACAUUUUAUUUCAGUUUCGAAGGAUUUAAUUGGAAUUCUUAUAUAACAAGUUAUUUUUAUGGGAUAAGAAAGCACAUAUUAAAAGAAGACUUAAACAAUAAUAAAAUGGCAUUAGCUAGAAAUAGAAGACUUUUCUGGUUCCAUCAUUUGACUAUUGUUCUUAUUAUUUGUUUUGUUUUCCAAAUAUGCCGGAUUUUAAUGAAACUAUAAUUUUCAAGAAAAUAUCAUUCAUGAAUACCAACUUAUCGAAUUAUUGUUAUUUGUGGGUGAUGGAGGUUUACUCCGUAGUGGAGAUACCCGAGAGCUAUGUUCUUGUAUCGUUUCGUCACAGACGUCAUAACAUAUUGUAUAUCAAUAUAUAAUACAUAGUUAUUAUCAUAAUUAAAAUUGUAUUAUGUACACACAAAACAAAAUUGCCUAAAUAAUAGUGAUGAAUUGCUAUUUCAUUAUAGAUUAUUAGUUUAAUUAUUUAACCUUUUAUACAG